AUGCCGUCGUCGCCGCACCGCCUCUCUUCUUUUGUAGAGUACCCCGCCGACUCUCCCUUCCCGCUGGAAAACCUGCCAUGGUCCAUCAUCUCGACAAAGUCUGACCACGCCGACAAGAGAGCCGCCGUCGCUCUGGGAGGCCACGUCGUCGACCUCGCCGCCCUCACUAGCCUGCACCAUCUCUUCGACGCCCAGUCCGCCCACCCGCCUCCAUUCGACGCUGCCACCGCCGCACGCCUCUUUGCCCAGCCCACGCUCAACGACUACAUCUCGCUGCCAAGCGCAACCCACCGCGCCUUUCGCAGCUUCCUCCAGCACCUCUUCAGUAGCCACUGCGCCCUCCUUCGCGACGACCCCUCCGCUCGCCACCAGGUGCUCGUCCCGCGCGACGACGUCACACUCCACCUCCCCGUAAAGGUGGGCGACUACACCGACUUUUGCGCCAGCAGAGAGCACACCAUCAAUGCCGGCCGCAUCAUCUUCAACGUCGACGACCGCCCGCUCGACGAGAACUGGCUGCAGCUCCCCAUCGCCUACCACGGCCGCUCGUCUUCAGUCGUCGUGUCCGGUACGCCAAUCACUCGGCCCUGCGGCAUCUCCAAGAUGCGGGUGCCCGGCGCCAAGCCGCACUUUGGCCCCUCCAAGGUGGUCGACUACGAGCUCGAAGUGGCCUUCAUCAUCGGCGGAGGCACAGAGGGCAAACCCAACGAUCUGGGAGAACCGAUCCCACUGCAAGAAGCCGAACAACGCAUCUUUGGCUUGCUCAUCAUGAACGACUGGAGCGCGCGGGACAUCCAAGGCUAUGAGAUGGUCCCCCUCGGUCCCUUUGCCGGAAAGAACUUUGGCACCACCGUCUCCCCCUGGAUCGUCGAGACGAGCGCGCUGGAGCCGUUCCGCGUCCCCUCGCCCGCCCAGGAUCCCACUCCCCUGCCACAUCUCGACCAAAGGGGCGAGGGCAAGCAGUGGGACAUCUCGCUGGCCGUCGACGUCAAAGCCUCGGAUUCCGACAAGUGGACCACAACGACCGAGACGAAUCUCAAGUACCUCUACUGGACCGCCAGUCAGAUGGUCGUCCACCACGCGGCAUGCGGUUGCAACCUCAAUGCAGGCGACAUGCUUGGAUCCGGGACAAUCUCGGGACCGGCGAGCGAUCCGAACCCUGCCGCGUGCCUGCUCGAAAAGACGUGGGGAGGCCGUAACGCUUUCAAGCUCGAGGGAGGCGGGGAGAGGACCUACAUCCAAGACGGAGACACUGUCAGAAUGACAGCGCAGGCCACAAGGGCGGACGGGCUGACGAUCGGCUUCGGCGACUGCACUGGUCAGCUCGUGUCGGCCAGACACGCGGCGUGA